GAUCAGUUAUCACGGGGGGGAUUUGCAUGGAUGAGAGACUCUCCAUCAUGAUUGAUUAUUUCAUCAUUAAAACGAAUGUUUCGGGAAGGCGUGUAAACAGAUGAAUUUUGGUCUUGGUUCAGUAUUCUGCUCGUUUUUUGUGGUGUCAUAUUUCAUAAAUAAGUAUGUCUUGUCUGUCCUGAAAUUCACAUAUCCAACCUUAUUUCAGGGGUGGCAGACCUUCAUUGGAGCUCUUUUGCUCUUGGUGUCAGGAAAACUAGGAUGGGUAGAAAUCAGCAGUAUUCCCAGGGCGGCAGCUUUGGCCUGGCUCCCUGGUUCAGCGUUGUUUGUGGGCAACAUCUAUGCUGGCUCCAGAGCCCUGUCUCGCCUGCCCAUACCUUUCUUCUUCACACUCCACAAUGCCUCUGAGGUCAUCUCAUUCUUGAUUCUGAAAGUGACUCAGAGAGAGCGGAUGUCUUGGAUGAAAAUAUUCAGUGUGAAUAUGUUGCUUGCAUCUGCAAUCAAUCUUCCCAUCCACGAUCCGCAGUUUGAUCCUGGUGGAUAUGUUUGGGCUUUAAUUCACAUUUUCUGUGUUGGAGCUUACAGAGUGUUCCAGAAGAAGACCAGCCACCUAAGUGACCUGGAACAACAGUAUAUCAACUAUGUGUUUAGUGUUCUGCUGUUGACCUUUGCUGCACAUCCUACAGGUGACCUUUUUGGUGCCCUGGACUUCCCUUUCCUUAUGUCCUAUCAGUUCCACAGUGGGUGCUGUGCCAGUGCCUUGCUUGGCUUCUUCCUUCUGCUGGCUACAGUUAAACUGAGGAGUGCCUUACCUCUGGAGCACUGUGGAGUUUGGGUCUUCUUGGCCAAGGUGCUGACAACAGGACUGUCACCCCUUGUGUUCCAAAUAGAGGUUAAUCCUGAAACUCUCUGCUGCAUCCUCUGCAGCCUUGGUGGAGAGGCCCUGUUGGUGUACUCUGAAAAGGCCUGACUUUCCUCAAGAGAUUUCUGAAGUGCAUCACCUAAACACGAAACAAGAAUCACCUGAACACCUGCUGCUGAAAAGAAGAUCCUAGCGCUAAGCACAUCUUUCUCCAAUCAGAUCAGUGAGGAGUUUCAGGCUGCUUCUCUUGAGACAUUUUAUUUAUUUUUAAGGGAAGACAUUACAGAAGAAUUCAUAUGGAAAUUCUGCUCUACAACGUAUUUAUAUCAUUUUCAGUUGUACAGUCUGGUCCAAUUACAUGUGCUCGACAUGUUCAUUGAGGUUCAGACCAUUUCAGAAUUCAUCUAGUCAAGAAUGACAGGUGUUAAAUGACUAUAGAUGUUGGUUGUUUAUAUUUGUUUCACUUUACUUAUUUCUUCUUAUUAUUUACUUUGAUAUUGUCAUAGCCUUAUGUGUAGCCCCACACUUAUCUGUAGCUCUUUCUCUCUGUAUAUGAAAAUAUGCACAUAUAGACAGAGUUAGUGCACCAAAGAUGAGUUAUUACACGAUCAAACACAACCAUCUAUCAUGGUAAAUAUAUAUAUAUGAAUGUUCUCUGAAUUUACUGAAACAUAUCCAUUUCAUUAUAUGUGCCUUGUUAUUUAUGAAUUUGGAAAAAUAUUUGAGAAAUGUUUACUCUUUUGGAGAAUUGGAUCUCUUUACUUCUUAUGGAAAGUAAAUAAAAUGGCAUUUCAAGCAUUGUAAUUAAUUGGUGUAAGCCUAUGCAUUUGAGUAUCAAUAGCUUAGAGGUAGAAAUGUUAAAAAAACACUUGUUUUUUUAGAUUUAAAAUGCUUGGAGUAGCUUUAGUUCAUGUCAUUAAUAGACUGAUUGGUACUAUUGUAACAAUGGAAAAGUACAAGUACAAUAGAGCACAUCAUGAAGCAAAGUUUGUGAGCAAAUGUGUAGUGUCUUACUGAAUUGAGCACUUCUGAGUUGUCUCCCUGUGAAAAGUAUAGCAAAGGAGCAGUAGGUCAGGACCUCAUGCUGGACUUUUACACACUGAUGUGCUCUUUAGUGAAACUUACAAAUGACAUGGACAUUUUUGUAAUAGAAAUAUAAAUGGCUUAAAUUAUUUAGUUUAGACUGAAAGC